UAGAGAAACAGACAGAGACGGGGAAAGAAAGAGAGAGAAAAAAAGUGAGACGGAGAGAGAUAGAGCGAGCGAGCGAGCGAGAGAGAGAGACAGAGAGAGAGAGAGAGAAAGGGUGUCCUCGUUGGGGUGGCAGAGUGAGCACGAUAGCACCUCUGGUGCCCUCGGCCGUGGGUCCCGAGGGGACGGACGCCAUGGCGGCCUCUUCGUCCUCGUCGAGCGGCGAGCAGCAAUACUCACUCAGGUGGAACGACUUCCACUCGAGCAUCCUUAGCUCAUUCCGUCAUCUCAGGGACGAAGAGGAUUUCGUCGAUGUGACAUUAGCCUGCGAUAGUAGCAGCUUCACUGCUCACAAGGUCGUCCUCUCUGCCUGCAGCCCUUAUUUCAGGCGACUACUUAAGGCAAAUCCAUGCCAGCAUCCAAUUGUGAUAUUAAGGGACGUUGCUUCUUCGGAUAUGGAGUCCCUAUUACGGUUUAUGUAUCAUGGAGAAGUACACGUUGGUCAAGAACAAUUGGCUGCCUUUCUGAAGACCGCGCAAAUGCUUCAAGUUCGAGGAUUGGCGGAUGUUAACAGUGGUGCUGCUACAGCAAAAAUUCCACCCCCACCUUCGUCGAGUGGCAAUAAUGGUAGUGCACCUACGACGCCACGUAAUCCAUGGCAAGAUAACGGCAGGGGAGAUCUUAAUGAGAGUGGCUUGAGUCCUCCACCGGAUAAGAGACCUAGAAGUUAUAGUCCCCCACUGGGUAAUCAUAUCGAGCCAAAAACAGACCUACAAGAGUCUCUCUUGGGACAGGCCCUUGAAGGUGGACCCACGAUACAUACAACACCUACGAACAAUGUUCAGGCACAAUCGACCGGCGAAGAUUCGAAUUCUAUAUCGGACAACGAGGAAGAUAUGUCGAACAACGAUAGCAUCCUAAACUCGGUGAAAACCGAACCUAGCGAUAUUUUGAACGAUUCCAUGGAGCAUCAUCGUAGUACCUUCCCAGCUGCACUUUUGGGUCUACAAGGACUUAUGCCUGGACCAUCGGGGAUACAUGCGGCAAAUCAGGAUCCAAAUUACGUUGCCCGACGAGGUCUAGACAUGAUGCGUGUACGUGCUACGGAUCCACGGCCCUGUCCAAAAUGUGGGAAAAUCUAUCGAUCGGCUCAUACAUUGCGUACGCACCUGGAGGACAAGCAUACGAUCUGUCCAGGUUAUCGUUGCGUUCUCUGUGGUACCGUGGCGAAGUCUAGGAAUUCUUUGCAUUCCCACAUGUCAAGGCAACAUCGUGGAAUUAGCACGAAGGAUUUACCAGUAUUGCCAAUGCCAAGCCCGUUCGAUCCAGAAUUGGCUUCGCGUUUAUUGGCAAAGGCUGGGGUUAAGGUUAGCCCAGCAGAAUUACGUGCAAGAGCGAGUCCGACCGGUCCACGUAGAGGAGACAUGAGACUGGAAUUACCAAGAGGUGCACCGUCGGAAGCAGGGAGUAGCGUUUGCGGUGGCGACGACCCGGAGGAUCUAACGUUACCGUUGAGUCUCAGGUACGGUUCGCCAACUCCUAACAACAAUACGGUCAUCACGAAGGUCACCGCUAGCAGCAAUAACACGGCUGCAAGUAAUAACAAAAGUUCAACGGCUACAGCGAUAGCCGCUAAAUCUUUAGACACUAUGCACGGAAAUCGAGAGCCUAAUACAGCUCCUCUCCAUCCACCCGGACACUUACAUCCGGGUCAUCACAACGCGAGUGCCACUGGUUCUGCCAUACUCGAUACUUAUCUUCAAUUUAUCGCUGAAAACUCUGGAUUAACGACGAUGGGCCUGAGCCCAGAACAAGCGGCCGCAGUAGCAGCUGCACACGCCGCUAAAAUGGCGCACAUGAGCGCUAUGGAUAAAUUAGGUGGCCGCGGUCUCGAGGAGUAUCCUAUGAUCGGUAGGGACGAAGGUAGAGGACCAGGAGUUGUUCACGAGGAUCGACAAGAUCUAUCGCAAGACAGGCAUCCCACGAUCAUGGACGAAGCUGAGUCCUCGGCUGCUGAGGAGGAUGAUUUCAGUGAAAACGAAGAACCUGAGGUUGUGAAGGCGGAUUAAUAAAUUAUAAACAGCCGAUCUUACGAAUACGAGUAAUCAUUGACGGAGAUGACAAAGGUCAUCACGGCGAUGAUGAUGGUGAUGGUAAUGGUGAUGAUGAUGUUGGCGAUAAUGAUCACGAUGAUGCUGAUGAUAUUGGUGAUGGUCAUAGGAAAGAGAAAAAGAGAGAGAGAGAGAAAGUUUAAUAAUCCUCCUCGUAAUUCCAUCAACCAUAUAUCAUCUUUUUAAACUCACGAUUAUGCUUCCCUUCGAACAAGUCUUCUUAAGUUCUUCGCUUCGUGCAUACAUACAUCUAAACGUGCGAAUAUAAUAGAAAACAAAUAAAGAAAGAAAUAACGAAACAAAGAAGAAGUCAAAGAAGAAGCUAAAAAUUAUAAUAAUAAAGGGAAAAAGAAAAAAGAAACAAGAAUAAACACUUAUUCCAUCCGACUACC